GAUGUGUGGCUACUAAAUCCGUGUGCUGUCUGCUGACUGGAUCUACUAGUCAACACUUUUCAUUUCUUUAUAUAAUUCAUUUAUUUUUUGGGGGGGGGUUACAUUGCUAGUCAGACUGCGGCUUAUAUAGAGGUACAAUCAUUUAUUCUACGAUCCGCAUGCUCUGCCUGGGCAACAAAGGAAAUCAGUUUGGGAUUCUCUAAAUGCAAGGAGUUUGGAACUAGCGGCUGUAAACUGCCCUCAAUUGCUCAUAUUUCGCCUAACAGAAGAAUGUAACGUUAUAAUUACUUUAAAGCCAUAGGAACAAAGUCGGUUAUAUAGCAGGAUACUAGAGAGCCAUAAACAUGAAACGACAAAUGACUGCGUUAGUGGUGCCUAUUAACAAACAGCUUUAAAGCCUUCCUGUUGUUGAAUUACACCAGGCAUGUAUAGACCAAAAGAACGACCAACUUUAACUGUAUGUGCUAGUGAAUAAAUUGGCCUUUGGGCUAUGAUAGCUGCCUAUUGUUCCUCAGUUUAGGGACACUAUUUUAAGGCCACUUCUAAUAACAUAUCCUAAAGCAACGAAUCUAGGCCACAUGCUUUAUAUAAUGUCCCCACCUGGAUAAAUCUCAAGCAUAUCUGCAAGUCAUUCCUUUUCCUUUAACGCUGCUCCUAUUUUCAUGGAAGCACAAUAUUUAAGGAUAAACUACACCUGAAAUGAAAGCAAUUGGGGUGGAAACUAAACACUGGUGUAUUCGUUUUGAUAACAAAUUGGUUCCCAUUUUUAUUUUGUGUCUAUGGGAAGUGCCGUUAUUUUUGGGUUAUUUUUUUUAAAUGUUGACAGAAAUGUCAAAAGGGAGCAAAUAUUAAGGUGUGAUGUUUAGACAAUACGGUGUGCAAUGCUUGCAGUAGGUGUGUAUAUAGCCCGCUAUAUAGCGCUAUAUUUAUGUAGGCACACACACACAUGUAUAUACAUAUGUACACGCAUAGAGACACAUAUAUGAUAUUGAGGUCGAGCUGAGAUGAACCUUUGCAUACGAAACCGGACUGGGAGGGGUUGCUGGGAGCUAGCGAGCUUCCAUUGGCUGCGUGCAUUUGCCGUGGUGCAGGGGUAUCUCUAAUCAUAUUCAGCAUGUUUUGCACAAGAAAUGUCAGCCAGAAAGGAAUAUCUGCUCUCUUCGCCAAAUUAUCCCACCAUAAUGUCAUGCUCCGAGAGUCCGGCGGCAAAUUCUUUCCUGGUGGAUUCCUUGAUCAGCGGAGGAAGAGGCGAACCGGGGGGCUAUUACCCGGGCAGUGGGGGUUACCUACCCCAGGCUUCCGAGGUGACAUAUGGGCUGCAAAGCUGUGGACUUUUCCCAAUCCUGGGCAAACGGAAUGAAGGUAUCCCCCCCAAUAACCCAACACCCCCUACAUCUCAGAGCUAUGGCCCAGGCAUGGAAGUGUGGCUAGAUGCCCCCAGGUCCUGUCGUGUGGGGCAGUCGGAGAGCCAGGCGGCCACCUCUUGCUCCUUUACACAGAACAUUAAAGAGGAGAGCUCCUAUUGCUUAUACGAUUCGGACAAAUGCCCGAAAGGCUCAGCUGCAACAGAACUGCCCGGCUUCCCAAGGGUUAACUCUGAGCCCAGCCCUGAGCAAAAUGUGGGUUCUGUCCCAAUACCGGGCUACUUCCGCCUGUCCCAGGCUUAUGGCUCUUCCAAGGGCUAUGGCAAUGGCCACAUUGUAGCUCCCCAGUUUCCAGCCCAGUCCCAAGUACGUUUCGAUGCGCCUGCGUCUUUGUCCUCGGUGCCUACAGAAAACGCAAGGAAAGAGAGCGCAGAGUCGCCCGUUAGUAAGUUGCCCGUUGGCUCCCAGCAGAGGAGGGAAGAGGAGACUCUCAGUUCGUCUUCUGCUGCAGAAGAAUCAUCCCCGGCUCCCUCUGACAGCAGCAAACACUCUCCUGGCAAGGAGCUUGUAGGAAAUGCUAAAGGUGACAAUGCAGCGACCUGGCUGACGGCUAAGAGUGGGCGGAAGAAGCGCUGCCCUUAUACCAAACACCAGACGCUGGAGCUGGAGAAGGAAUUUCUCUUUAACAUGUACCUGACUCGAGAGCGGCGCCUAGAGAUCAGCCGGAGCGUUCACCUCUCAGACAGACAAGUGAAAAUCUGGUUCCAGAACCGCAGGAUGAAACUCAAGAAGAUGAACCGAGAGAACAGAAUCCGGGAGCUCACAGCCAACUUUAACUUCUCCUGAUGCCCCCCCGCACCUCCCUCAGGGCCCCCCAGUACUGUUUGGGUUCCACCGUCCCCUCACCUGUGCGGAGUGACAGAUUUUGUAUAUUGUCAGUACUGUGUCCAUAAACCCACCCGGUACCUUUUCUAUUCGAACCACGGUUGCACACAUACGUUUUUGGUUUUUUUUGUCCUACAUUUUCUCAUACUAAGAUUAUUUUAUGACAUACAGUCGCAAAGGUUAGAGAAAAGCUAUAUUAUUUUUAUUUUUAAAGUUUUGGUUUUUUUAGGUUCGAUCAAGCAUUUUCGAAUAUGUUUUAUAUUUUCUUUUUUUUUUUAAUUUUUAUUUGAUUCUCUUUUUUUACUUUAUCUAAAAGGUAUUUAAGCCGAAUGUUAAAACGCGCAGUUUCACCACAACAUUGCAUUGGGUUGAAUUAAAUACGCCGAAAUACGAAAUAUUUGCCCAGAAAGAAAAACUUUUUCUUUUAAUUAUUAUUAUUCUUUAGAGGAGAAUACACACCGCAAAGGACUAUAUAAUUUAUCGUGUACAUUAUUAGAUGAAUUCUUUAACCAGGUCAUGGUGAUGUGUUUACUGAGCUGGUUUCCAGGUGACCUGCGGGUAGCACCAGACAAGCACACCGCAAGCUCCACUCUUUCCUUGUCUCUUUAAAUGUAAUCUUUUGCCUAAUGUUUUUCUAUUCUUUUAUUUUUAAUUAUUUUUUUUAAAUUUUUUAUUUCUUUAUUUCAAAUGGCAGAGGCUGGUCAUAGUGGAUUUAAUUAAAAAGAUAUUCGCAUUCCUAAAAUACUGUGAAUUUACUUGCUUUUGAUUUUCAAAACUUUACUUACAGAAAAUAAGAGAUUGAAAUAUGUGUAAAUGUUUAUUAAUAUUAAAAGAAAGUUGCAAAAAAAAAAAAAAAGCCAUUACUCGUUGGGCCAACGGAUUUUUAACCUUAAUUAUUAAUGUUAGUUCUGACGUCAUCGGCUUCUUACCUUCCUCCUGAUUAAUUAAUAUUGUAAUGCUGCUGUUCGUGAACAGACCAUGUUUAUGUUCCCAAUGAAGAAUAAAAAAGAAAAUACAAAGAGUCUUUCCUAUUUUA